AUGGAGAACAAAUUCGGAUCUGGAUACUUCAAGGCUUACGGAAAGCAGACAAAACCGCAGGCCAGAACAAAGUGCAACGAGUACUCAAGCUACCCAGAACUGGGUACAUUCUUAGGCAUAUACGCCAGUAUCCAGGAACAGGGCCGUCGCUUCUUUGAGCAGAUUUGCGAAGGCCAGGCUUGCAACGAGUAUUAUGAUAUCGACUGGAAACUUAAUAAAGUCUCAAACUCUGAUCUGUGA